AUGGCGCUCUCCGACGCGGUGACGACGCUGAAGGCGACCGGGAACGAGCAGUUCCGCGAGAACGACUUCCUGAGAGCCGCGGCGUCGUACUCGAAAGCGCUCAAGCUCGCGAGCAAGGAAGGAUGCGAGAGGUGCGUUCGCGCGGAUGCCUCGCGUCGCCUUCGCUACGCGCGAUGCGCGCCCGAACGCGCCCGCCCCCGCGCCAGAUCGCGCGCGAGACGUUCAAAAACGAAACGUGCCGCCGACUCACGCUCAUUCUCCCGCGCUUCUCUUCCCUCGCCCCUCCGUCGCAGUUCCCCGGAGCUCGCGCCGAUAUACAGCAACCGAAGCGCGUCGUUGCUGAAGCUCCUCAAAGUCAGCCUAGCCCUCGCGGACGCGGAGAAGUGCAUCGAGCUGCGGCCGGACUGGGAUAAGGCGCACUUUCGAAAGGCGGCGGUGCUCGAAGAGAUGCGCGACGACGACGGCGCGUUGCGCGCGUUGGAAGCGGCGCUCGAGGUGGCGAGCACCCCGGAACAGAUCGGCGUCGUCGAGGCGAAGAUAAAGCUCGUGAAGCAGCGGCAGUCGCGCAAGCAGAGGAUCGCGGCGCGGCCGCCGUCGAAGAAGAACGAGAACGACGGCGGCGAGGACGACGGCGUCAAGGGGAGCGCGUUUCGAUUCGACGGCGGCGGCGCGGCGAGCGCCGACCCGGUCAAGGCGACCGCGGAGAUGGUCGCGAACGAGAUCAGGGCGAAAGCGGAGGUGGACACGAUGAAAGUCACCGCGGUCGUCGCGGAGAGGAAGAAGAAGAAGAAAGGAGCCAAGGGCGUCGUCGUGGAGGACGCGAAGGUGGCGCAGCGGCCGUGGAGCGUCGAGAACGAUCCCCUCGUGAAAGCCGUCGCGGAGGCGGAGGCGGCGGCGGCGUUUCCCGCGACGGACCCGAAGACGGAGAAGAAGAAGGGCGCGAAGAGGAAGAAGAGCGCGAAGCCGACGUUGGAACAGGCCGCGUCGCUCGCGGCCGCGCCGCCUUCGAAGCCCGAACCGACGCCGGCGGCGCCCGCGGAGGAGACGCCCGCGGCGGCGGCGGCGGCGGCGGGGGGGGAGAAAAUCGAGGGACCCGCGGCGGUAAAGGCGGAGCAGCCCGCGCCCGCGGCGGCGACGAUGGCGGCGCCGGCGGCGACGGCGCCCACGACCGGCAGCGCGACGGCGCCCGCGACGAAACCCGUCGCCGAGGCGAAAGCGACCGCGCCGGGGAUCGAACCGCCGGCGCCGGCGCCGCUGUCGAAAGCGAAAGCGAGGGCGCUGAGGGCGCGGAGAAAGGCGGAGGCGAAGCGCGAACGCGGCGAGGGGCCGCGCGGGACCGCGCUUCUGGAGAAGAACGGGGGCGGGAAGGCAAAGGCUGAGGGCGAGGGCAAAGGCAUGGCGGGAUGGGCGUUAGGGUUCUUGGGAGCCGCCGCCGCGGGGGUGGCGGCGAUCGCGAUCAGCGCGGGGAAGGUCGCGAAGCGGAACUGA